AUGUCAGAAGCAGCAGAGAGAUUCGCCCAAUUCAAACUUGUCCUCUUAGGAGAAAGUGCCGUGGGGAAAUCAUCAAUUGUACAUAGAUUUGUCAAGAAUACCUUCGAUAACAUGCGUGAGUCUACCAUCGGGGCCGCCUUUUUAACCCAAUCAGUGCACCUUGCAGAGUCCAAUACUACCGUUAAGUUUGAAAUUUGGGACACCGCUGGCCAAGAACGUUACAAGCUGUUGGCGCCAAUGUACUACCGUAAUGCCAACGCAGCACUUUGUGUUUACGAUAUCACUAGUCGCUCGUCGUUUAGCAAGGCCCAGGAUUGGAUCAAAGAAUUGAAAAAGCAGGCUCCCGAGGGGAUCGUAAUCUGUCUUGUGGGAAACAAAGUAGACUUAAAAGAUGAAAGAGAGGUUGAUGAACAGGAAGUCGCUGAAUACGUAGAAGAGUUAAAUCAAGAACAGUCGUCUGCUGGAGCACCAGCUGGUAAGGUCAUUCUAGCAGAAUGUUCGGCAAAGUCUGGUGAUGGUGUUUUGGAGACAUUUAACGUUAUCGCUAGAGCUUUACCCGUUGAAGAUGCAGUCGGAGGUGCCCGUAACAGACAAUUAAGGAACAAAAGAUCCAGUGGCGUUGACUUGUCUAGAGGCAGACAACAGCAACAGCUGCAAGCAGCAUCGAGCUGCUGUUAG